CUGUCCGGGCGGCCCGGCGGGCAUGGAGCGGCUGCAGGUGGAGGCGCAGGCCCUGGAGGAGUACGCGGAGUACCGGCGAAUUGUAGGUGAUGAUGAUGGAGGAAAGCUCUUUACUCCUGAGGAAUAUGAGGAGUACAAAAGAAAAGUAUUACCAGCUCGGCUGCAGAACAGGUUGUAUGUGAGCUGGAGGUCGCCAACUGGCAUGGACUGCAAGCUUGUGGGACCAGAGACACCCUGCUUUUGCACUCAUCGGUACAAACAACACAAAACAGACUAUGAGGCGCUCCCCAAGGAGCGUCCCAUCGGCGUGCCGUGCAGAGUGGGGCGCUGCCCGUGCCAGUCCUACCAGUUUGUGCCCCGGAGCGGCGCCCAGCCCGUCCGCUGCCGCUGCAAGCACCUCCCCGAGCAGCACAGCGCAGCGCCCGGCUUUCCCUGCCGCGCCUGUUCCAAGUGUUCAGGCUUUCACAGCUGCUUUACCUGUGCAUGUGGCCAGCCAGCAUAUGCUCAUGAAACAGUUGUGGAAACGAAAGAGGAGCGCUUAGCCCAGGGAAAGCCUGUGGGGCAGGAUGUUCCUUAUGCUGCCAUGGGAGGACUGACUGGCUUCAGCUCACUGGCAGAAGGCUACAUGAGGCUUGAUGACAGUGGAAUAGGUGCUCCUUCUGCUGAGCUUUUAGAAGCCCCCAUUACUAGCAUGGAUCAUCCAUUUCUAAAAGCAUUUCAGGGGCCUUCGAGUUCUGCUCAAACCACGCCACAAAUAGCAGGUAGUUCAAGUGACACAGGGCGAGUUUCUCAUGGAAAACAAUCAGAAGCUGAUGACAUGGCUUACUUUGAAAAACGUUACCAAGAACGGCUUAAAAUGGUGAAAGCUGCUAAAAGGAAAGAGAGGAGUCCAGUGACAUCAAAGAAGCCAUGAGAUUAAUAAAUAAAUAUUUAUUAUUUGGCCCAUUGUUCAUUAUUGCAUUGAGUACUUUUCUCUGUGCCUAACCACAUACCUGUAUUUAUUCAUUUAUUUAUUCUGUUGUUUUGUUCCUUUGCCAAAAUUAAUUUUUAAUCACCUCAUUG